GCUGUGGUAUCAACAUUUCGUCUCAGACAGCGGUAUCUUAAACUAGGUAGUUAAUAGGUUUGAAAGUAUUACUGAAUCAUGAAGUUAGCAGCGAUAAGCUGGUGGGAGGUCACUCUUCUCAUAACUGUUUUAGGUCAAACCAAUAUAAAAAUGAACAAAGUCGAUGUUGAUCUAAAUUUGUAUUUCAAUGCUUUGAAUAAGAUCGCAGAUUUUUUUAGUAUUCAUAGAUAUUAUUUGAAUACUAUAGCUCAUUUUGGAUUAUUUGUAUCACAAGUGAAUAUGAAAAAAGUAUUAAUAGAGGAGGAUAGUCGUUUACCAGCUUCAAUUAAAAUCAGACUGAAUACAUUGGUAUACAAAAUGGACGACCUUAUUAGGACAGCUGAAAGUAUAGCGAGAAAUAACCCCAAUCCGGCAGAAGCAAUUUUUGUUAGAAAUAUUUUGUCAUUAUUUACUAAUGAAACUCAAUGGAUGACACAGAUGGGACAAUUUCACCGUAAAAAAUCAAGACUGUUAACUUACAACUACAACACGGAGCAUGUAAAAACACUUUAUCGAAACUGGCGAAGUUAUCUCCGAUCCAUUGAUCCAUUAGAAGGAACACCAACACCAGAGCAGUCUGACGCAUGCCUGGCAAACUUGAGCACAAUAAAUCCAGUCAAUAAUUAUCAUCGUAACAAAAAGUGCAAUCUUCCUUCGAUUUGUCAGAAGUUUACAAUAUCUGGCUCCAAUAACGGAUAUGGAUUGACUCACAGGUUGCUUUUUCUACAAAUGGCUCGUUUUGGACGUCGCUGCCACGUGAUAUCCAAAGCAGACGACAAAUAUUUAAGAAAAGAGUUCUGUGAACGUUGUUACGCCGAAGGCAUGUAUAUAGAUUUUAACGAUUUCAAGGCUUUUGACUUAUUUUUGGAGCAAAUCUUCCUGUGCACUCUCGAGGGGCAUUCUCAGUUCAUCAGACAUGAUUGGCUCAUGCAAAUUCUUCGGUGGCAAGUCGACGAGGGCUGCUUCCCAGACGUAGAUGAGGAGGACCAGGAGACGAAGGACACCAAUCUUAACGGGAGAUUCUCCAUGCUCGAAGGGAGAUGUAACGGCCACACUACGGUACUAGCUGCUGGAGUGCUAGCCUCAGCGAUCCGGUUUUUAUUGGAGAACUCCUAUUGAAGAUUGUAACCGUCGAUAAAAAUAUCGCGUUCUUUGAGUCUUACUUCGUAACUAAAUAUUUUUUAAUA